GUUGGGGGGGGAAGACCAGGAACAGAUCCUCCCGCCUCCAGCACCGAGGGGGGCGGGGCCUAGCGCGGGAGGCGGAAGCGGGGCUGCCCCAGCUAAGAUGGCGGCGGGGGGCGGGUCCCGGAAGUGACGAUGACUGCUCCCAGCCCGGCUGCAGCAUGGUGGAGAAGAAGGUGUCAGUGCGGUCCCAGGACCCCGGCCAGCGGCGCAUCCUGGACCGGGCCACCCGGCAGCGCCGCCUGAACCGCCAGCUGGAGGCGCUGGAGAACGACAACUUCCAGGACGACCCCCACGCCAACCUGCCCCAGCUGGUGAAACGCCUGCCCCAGUUCGACGACGACGCCGAGACAGGGAAGAAGAAGAAGAAGACCCGGGGAGAUCACUUCAAACUCCGCUUCCGGAAAAACUUCCAGGCGCUGCUGGAGGAGCAGAACCUGAGCACCAGCGAGGGCCCCAACUACCUGACGGCCUGUGCGGCCCCCUCCAGCCUGCCCCAGCGCCACUUCUGCGCCGUCUGCGGCCUCCCCUCCCACUACACCUGCGUCAGCUGUGGGGCGCGCUACUGCUGCGUGCGCUGCCUGGGCACCCACCAGGAGACCCGGUGCCUGAAGUGGACGGUUUAGCUCUGCCUGGGAUCCUGGAUCUUCACCCCAAGCCUGGGGGCCCCCGAUCCUGAUGUUCUGGGGAGCCCUGGACCUGCCUGUCAAUAAAUAUUCCAUCCCCUA